AUAAAUGUAAGCCUAACAGAUGCGAACAGUCAUUUGAUUCAAAGUUUUUCAAAGUUUUACAAUGCGCCUUAGCGUUAUACUGAUGGCCUUGGGCGUGGCUGUUGUAGCUGCAGGUCCAACGCGUGAUCAAAGAAUAGUAGGUGGAACGGUGACUACUAUUUCUCAGUAUCCGUUUGGUGCUGCAAUGCUGAUUACUUACGAUGGUUCUACCUAUUGGCAGAAUUGUGGUGGAACCAUCUUAAACAACAGAGCUAUCCUCUCGGCAGCACAUUGUUUCCUAGGUCAUGUGCCAAAUACUUGGCGUAUCCGUGUCGGAUCCACUUACGCCAACAGCGGCGGCGUUGUUCACAAUAUUAACACAAUAAUAUUGCAUCCCAACUACAACCCAACUAUUGAGGACAAUGAUAUUUGUAUUCUGCGUGCUUCCUCUAACUUUGCGUUCAACAACAAUGUGCAAGCUGGAAGGAUCGCUGGUUCUAACUACAACCUUGCUGACAACCAAGUUGUUUGGGCCAUCGGAUGGGGUGCUACCGUUUUUAACGGACCUAGCACUGAAAUUCUGCGUCACGUUCAAAUCUGGACUAUCAACCAAAGCAUAUGCAGACAACGAUACGGCAAUACAGAACUGACUAUCACUGAUAAUAUGUUGUGCUCCGGCUGGCUGGACGUCGGCGGCCGCGACCAAUGCCAACGGGACUCCGGCGGCCCUCUCAUUCACAACAAUGUCAUCGUCGGUGUAUGCUCUUGGGGUUUGGGAUGUGGUAGCCCUCUUUACCCAGGUGUAAAUGCGCGUGUGUCACGUUACACAUCUUGGAUUCAAGCCAACGCCUAAAACGGUUUUAUCAUGUCCCCUAAUAAUCAUACUGUACAUCUUGAAUUGGACAUCAGUACUGUGUAAUUCCAUGCUUUAUGUUACCUAGACAACGAUUGUAUGUUGAGUUAAUUGAUCGCAUAUGAAUAAAUGUACGAGUAUUUUGUUUAAAA